AAAAAAACGUCUACAAGCAUGUUACAUAAACAUGUUUUCAUGAUCUACAUCUUCUUGCUGCUGCUUUUGUUCUUCAUCUUCUGUCCUUCACUAAUUACAGCUCAAGAAGUUGAUGAUGAGAGAGAAUUCAAUUACAUAAAAGGGAAUCAAAAAGGACCAGAGCACUAGGGAGAUCUAAGAAAAGAUUGGUGGUUGUGUAAGAACGGGACAAUGCAAUCUCCGAUCGAUCUCUCCAGUCGUACGGCUAAGAUUGUUCGGAAGUUCCAGCAACUUCGGAGGAAUUACUUUCCUUGCAACGCAAGUCUUGAGAACAGAGGACAUGACAUUUUGGUAUAUUGGGACAGAUACAAGGCGGAAAAAGUCAAGAUCAACGGAACAGAUUACUAUCUGCAGAAAAUUCAUUGGCAUUCCCCUUCAGAGCAUACAAUCAAAGGAAAAAGAUAUAGCAUGGAGCUUCAUUUGGUUCACGUAAGCAAAAACUACAAGAUUGCAGUUCUUGGAAUUCUCUAUAAGAUUGGUUCUCCCGAUUCCUUCCUCUCCAAAUUGACAAAGAAUGUGGAAACAGUAGGCGACAACAAGCAAGAGAAGAAAAUAGGAAUUAUGGAUCCAAGAGAGAUAAAGAUUAAAGGAAAAAAAUAUUUCAGAUAUAUUGGUUCUCUCACUAUCCCACCAUGCACCCAAGGAGUUAUUUGGACAAUUAACAAAAGAGUUCAAACGGUCUCAAGACACCAACUCAAAACACUUAAAGCUGCGGUUCACGAUAGCGCAAAGGGGAAUUCAAGACCACUGCAGCCACUAAACCAUAGAGAAAUUGAUCUUUACACCCCUUAAAGGUAAAUAUAAAUGUUAUGGGAAUUUGAUUCCAAUAAACUUAUACAAAAAAAUAAAUCUUCGCUUAGAAGAUGAAUAAGUUGAAUGGCUGAAUCCGCUCGUAACGUUUGUUGUAUCUUUUAUACUCGAGGUUUGUUUAUGUUAAUUGUUUUUUUUUUCACUCGGUCGAUGAAAGAGAAAUAAAAAGGCAGGUUUUGUAGGUGAUUCUGACAAUGGGCUUGGGUUAGGCCCAAAUUGGACUUCAAGCCCAUUAUCAACGAGAUCACUCAUCCAACCAUCGGUUAUGGGCAUUUGAGAUUUUGAUUUAGUUAUUUUUUGUUUGUUUUAGCUUUUCGGUUUUGUUAAAAAUAUAUUUUCCAUCGGUUUGACUUUGUUAGAAUAUUUUCA